GCGCGUACGUACGGUGGUGACUUUCAUUCACUAUUUUUCAUUUUUGUAGAUUUAAAAGCUGGACACUAAUGUGCGCUUACGGUUUUGACUGUUAUUGCGGUGUUUACGGUUUUUUAUUACCAAUGUACCAAUAUCAUCACCUUGAAUGUACGAAAUGUUUCUUCAUAUAUAAGCUACUUUCCCACCCUCGAACAAUUCCAAAAAAUUCAUUCAUUCUCAGUUUCUAUCCACAAAACUCCAGGCGCAAACAAUUUAGAAACAAACCACAUUCAAAAAAGAACAUACCAAUCAAAUGUUCGCACCUCAAAUCUUGCGCGCUAUUGGAUGGCGCACUGUCGCAAAUACAGACUACGAUGGCGCAGUUCUUGUUGGAGGUUUAGAAAAUGAACUCAGACAUUUUGGGGAUCCAGAUGAAGAACACGACUCUUGGUCCUACCCUGAACCAGUAAAACCAUGUCCAUAUACCCACGAAGGCGCAAGAGCUAUUGCAGCAGAAGAAAAGAAGAAGAAACAAGAAAAGCUCAGAGCUGCUCGUAGAUCCUCAAUCUUAGGGAUCUCUAAUUAUGAAAACAACGCGAACUAUGUCGACCUUGAUAAGGCAGUUGGAAAGAUUGAGGAAGACGAGGAAGAGGGCUAUACAGUCGAGGGCAGUGAUGAACCACUUGAAUUCUGUGAUGAUUGGUUUUCAAGACCUUUACAGCAAGAAGAUGGUGCAUGUGGAACAAAAUCUGGCAAUGUUUUGAAGCAUCCCAGUCUUUUUCAGGGACAAACCAUUGAAGAAGAAAAAGAUGCUGAUAUCUACGAAUGGGAUGCAGUAAAAUUGGCGACCGAAUUGAGCCAAGACUCGGGCGCUCGCACAUAUGAAGAGGAUGCUGAUAGUGAUUUUGAUUCUGCUGUCGAAGAUAGCUUCGUAUUGAUGGCUACCGAGGAAGCUAUGGUUUCAUCAAAUGAAACUUGCAAAGGAGGUAGCUCUUGUGGAUGCGACUCCGGGUUUGUCAAGAUCGACGAUACAAACACAAUGCAUGGCUUGAAUGGAAUUGAAAAGACGGGUUGUUCGGCUCGGACUGUCAUUGCGGCUCAACCAGGACUUUGGCGAUCAAUGAUUGCUUGCAGACCUUUUGAAAGAUCACGUCGUCCACAUAUCAUUAGACCGGGAAGCUGGCAAGCGGUCUAAGUAUUUCGGCGAAUUUGUGAGAAUCGAAGAGACUUCGAACUUUGAGGCCAGAUAUGGCACUCAGAAACAUGCUCGUUAUCAUAAGUCUAUAUCCUCUUUCCAAGAAGAUUAGACUAUGAGCUUCUCACCAAGAUCUACCUAAUCCUGAGCCAAUAGCUGGGUGGCUCCUAAUCGUAUUUGCAAUUUGAAUUUAAUCUAAUCAUUUAGCAUUCAGGAUGAGAGCGAGAGACCA